UUAGGCAAUAAUAAACAGGUUACAUUCAAAGCUCCGGGUACUCUGUACUGCUUUACCUAUGGGUAAUCUAGUCUACAGGUACAAUUGAGCUCCCAGAACAUCUAGCUGUCAAUGAUUUUCCCACUCAUCGCGUAUAUAUCGUCAAUUGACACUCACUGUAUCUAUACGUUCUUUUCAACUUAAUGCCCUUUGUCCUUCCCUAAUAUAUAUAAUCCGUUCUUGAUUUGAACCUCCUCACCACCUUUGCUUCAUAAGUAGCUCCAAUGGAUACACCCCGAGUUCAGGUAGGCGCGCCGGAGGCCGCCCAGGCUCCUGAGAGCACCCAAAACACUGAAACUCCCGAUGUGGAUAUGAAUGAGACUCAGCAGAGCGCGGUGAAUGAAUCCCAAGCAGACGCGACACAACAGGAUAUCUCUCUGCCUGACGCGCAGCCAGCUAGUUCAACACCAACGGAGCCGCCGCAACCUCUCAAGAAGAAGGCUGGCCUUCAUUUUCUUGACUACCUGACGUCGCCCAUUGUAGAACUCAUCGUCGGGAAGGACGAGUACAAGACUUCCUUAACAGCGCACCAGAGCUUGUUGUUGGAAUCGCCAUUCCUUGCGCAGGCUGUCGCCGCAUUCAGCGAAUCAGGUCCCCGGCGUAUUGAGCUUCCCGAUGAGAACGUCGAGGCAUUCGGUUGCUUCCUGCAGUUCCAAUAUACCCAUGACUACUCCGCAUCCCCCGCCGAUCCAUCCGCCGAUCAAGACGUUGUAGGUGAGCUGGACGAUAGCGGCGAGCUACUGUUGAAACAUGCGCGUGUCUACACUCUAGCAGAGAAGCUCGGCGUGCCUGCGCUCAAGAGUCUGGCACACUCAAAGAUCCACCGUAUCAACAGUACCUCUCACGGAGAAAUCGCGUACGCUCGUUAUGUCUACACGCACACGCCCGUCGACGAUAUCACUAUUCGAAAGCCCGUUGCCUCCUUCUGGGCCACUAGAAGCCAUGUGCUGCGCCACCAGGCUGAAGAGGAGUUCAAGAAGCUGUGUCUUGAAGUGCCUGAGUUCUGCUUUGAUAUACUCAGUCUUGUUCUUGACCAAAAAGAGAAACGUGCUCAGGAUCGAGCAGAGACCGAAUCGGGCAUUAAAGGCAGUGGUAGGAAACGUCUCAGGAGCGGUAUCUAGGCGGCAUCCCCUCUUGAGACGGGCUAUUGAAUAUCCUACGUUUAAUCUGUUGUCCUGUGUUUUGGCGAUUGUAUCUGUAUCUGUGUCAAAAAGGACUUGAGUGUACUUACCUUUUCUCUUCUUCUCUUUUACAUUACCCAUAGCGACCUGUUCACAGUACAAUGUAACAGUACAAUGUUCGAG